UUUCCGGUGGCAGCCACAGUCGCUGCAGACCUUUGAACGAGACAGGCAACUGUGUGAAAAAAAUAGCACAUUUGAUUGGAAACAGUUUUUUCUUUCUUCAGUUUGGGUUGUUCACUCAGCGGUACUUGAGUCAACCUGCCUUGUAGAACAUCAACAUGUACCGGCCAGGUAAACCUACACGCGGACCGCCACCGUUCGGACCUCCACCUACCCAUGGCCCACCUUUCAGACACGGAGGGCCCUGCAAUGUUCCUCCCCCUGGACAUAUGCCACCUGCACCUUGCGGGCCAUUUUCGAACCCAACACCACCGGAUAGCCAUUUUCUCCUCAACAGGCCACCAAGAGGACAUUUCAUCAAUCCCCACUGUAGCAGUUUCUCCAUAGACCGUAGUACAGUGAUUGCUUUGGGAGGCAGCCAGCAGAUCGUCCCUCCUGCACAACAACCACAUAUUCAGGUCCCACAGUGGAAUCCCACUCCUGUGGAACAUCAUCUUCCAGACAGCAGUGAACAAGCUGGUGAAGAAUUCCUGAGAUGCAUUGCAGCCAACAAGCCUCUCCCAGACUAUCUUAAAGGAAACAUGGCAUACAAUCUGGCUGAAGCUUUUAAGUCAGCUAACGUCCUGAAAGAAGCAGUUAAAUUAGACCCUGAGUUCCAGAAGCAAGCGCCCAGAAGCAAAAGCCGUAGUCGAAGCCGCGGCAAAUCUAGAGCCAGGAGCCAUGCCAGAAGCAAAAGCCGGGCACCCAGCAGAAGCAGAGGAAGGAGCAAAAGUCGUGCUCGUGGAAAGAGUCGAGCAAGAAGCAAAAGCAGGGUGAGGAGCAGGAGCAGGGCUCGCAGUAGGAGUAGGAGUCGGAGCCGGGGCAAGAAGAAGAGUCAUGUUAGGAGCAAGAGCCGGGCCAGGAGGUCCAAGUCAAGAAGCAGCAGUGGUGAAAAGAGCCACGGCACAGACAAAUGGAGAAAAAGGAGCCCCAGCCACAACAGCAGCAGUGUUAGCAGUAGUAAUAACUUCAUGGGGAAUAGUCUGUUAGAAGGACUGAAGCUGGUCAUGAACAGCAAAGAACUGGAGGAGCGGUUGCCCACACUCAAGGAUGCUAUCCUUACUAUUCAGGCCUCAGAUGAAAGCAAAAAAGUGGAGAGCAUAUCUGAUGAGCACAGAUACCAGCAACAUGACUAUGAAGAGAAUUCAACAUCGUUGGAAAAUGACAUGCUCCUUCCUCAUGACAGAACAGGCAGUGACUUCUCUUGGCUUCAAGGACAAAGUCAGGAGGACUCUGCAGUCCUGAAAGCUGAGGAGCUUGAAGAUGAAGAGUCAUUCUUGUAUGGGAAUGAAGACACUGGAGGAAAACAAGCUAGUAAAACUUCCACAGCACUUUUUGCAGCAUUUUCCCAGAUUGGAGAACACACCAAAUUACAGGAAACGGAUUGUUCUGGCAGUCAGCAUUAUCAGAGCAAGUCCAUAUUCAGUAGUGCUGGGGAUCCAUUUGACCUGAAGCAACCUUUUCAUAUGACUCCCACAAGCAUAGCUAAUCUGGACAGCAGUGAGUGUGAGAAGAUCAAGAACAUAUUAAAAAGUCUGGGCACAGCAGACAUCAGCGAGGUCAUGGUAAAGAUGCAGGGUCAAAAGGAGGGGAAGAAGCUGAGUCCUGCACUUCCUGCGUCAGACCGAGCAGCAGCAGGCUUAGCAUUACCAGCACUGAGUAACAUCAAUGUACGGCAAGCUCUGGAGUCUUUACAGUCACUGAUCAAAGCAACAAAGGAGAAACGGGAAAAAAGUGAUGGCAGUGGCACAUCUCAGACAUCCUCUGCUAAACCCAAGGCAGGUGACGAUGAGGAAAGAAAGAAUGAGAAACAAUUCCGAGUAAAUAAAAUGGAAUCCUUGAUGAAAGAACUGGAAGGAUUGUUGAAACAGGAUGGAUUGAGUUUUCUGACACCAGUAAUUGGGUUUUACUGCCAGAAAUGUGAGGAGUUUAUUGGAGAUUUGAAUAGUGCUGAAAACCAUGCAGAUGUCCACCGCCAUAGUGCCUCCAGCAGUAAAGUGCAGACAGACAAGCAUGCUGGAGACAGCGAGGGAUACUCGCACCACUUUAGCAACAGCACUCCACACCCACGUCCCUCAGACAGGAGAGACCACAAGGACUAUGGUUAUGAUAGAGAUUCAGGAGACCACAGGAAUUACAGAGACUACCAACGAGACAAGAGGGACGAAAGACAUCACAGAAGUAAACAUCACGAUGACUGCAGAAGCCACAGGGCUGGGCAGGAAAACAUCUCCCUGAAAGAGGAGAUGAGAAAGGAGAGGAUGCUCAUAACGGUGUCCCGUGGAGUGACACCACCUCCAAACAUCAAGGUUAAGGAGGAGGUGAGCAAGGAGCAGACUAUUGGAAGUCAUAGCAAAGUCAAAGUGGAAGACACAAACAGCAAGGGAAAGUCAUCCAAAGGCAAACGAGAAAAAGAUGGCAAAGAUGAAAGCAGUGAUAGUAGUGAUGAUGAUAAAGAAAAAAGGCCAAAAGAAAAAUCACCCAAAAAGAAAAAGAAGAAGAAGGAGAAAAAGAAGAAGAAGGAGAAGUCCUAGUUGUUGUAUUAAUGCUUUUCACUUCCCACAUCCAUAAUAGACUGACCCCUGAGAUGAUGUUGGCAGCUUGUUGCUGUCCAAGUUUCUAAACUUAAAGAUCCAGGUGUUAUCAUGACAGUCCUGGGAACCAUGUUGUCCUUUAUUUCUCUCUCCCCAGUUAGUUGUUUUUUAUUGUUGUGAAUGUGUUGCUGUAUGGCAGGCCCUCACAUCCUGGAUUCUUGUUUUAUUUUGUAUACAGGUUCAUCUGUCUCAGUACCUUUGCUAUUGUUUGCAUAUUUUCAAAUGACCAACAGCAUUGUAGUUUUAGAAAUGACGUGUGUAUUCUGCAGUUGAGUUCCAUUUUCUCACUUGUCUGCAUUUUUCAUCAGAAAUAUAAGUUGACAGAUGA